AGCUUCCAUCGAAUAUAUACACAUAUCUAACUGUUGAAGCAAAAGAAAUCGAUUAAGAAGAGAGAAAUGGAGAACAAGUACAUGAGUGUUGUGAUGAUUUUGGUUUUGGUGGUGAUGGCUGCCAUUGGAGGAGAAGCAGUGCCAGUAGAUCCUUUAUGUGAACAGAAAUGUAGAUCAGCCUGCCGCAGCGGCCACGGUUUCAGCACCCUUCCGGAGUGCUACACAGACUGUGUUCGAAGGCAAUGCUUUCCACCUACGAUGGAGACUUAGAUGGAUGGAAGGAUGAAAGCAUAGAGAUAGUUUCGAACUUUUUCAUGAUGUAAUCUUUCAUUUCCUUUUCUUUCUAUAUGUUUAAGAAAAUAAAUAUUAACAUGAAUAAUAAAAGUUUCUCAUAUUCAUAUUAAAAAUGGGAUGAACAAGUAUUGGAGAAUGGAGAACAUAUAUAUAUA